AUGAAGCUAUCCAAUAUCGCACUCUUGGCUCUGACCACUGGCGCUAUCAGUGCCCCAGUUGUCGAGCGAGGAGAACAUGUCGAGUACCGCUAUUAUGAAAGAAAGAAUGGCGGCGACUGGGUGCUGAUUGAAUAUGAUCCUCGCUGCCCCCCUGAGAAACCCGUGCAACCCAAGCCUGUGGUUUCUUACCAUGAGCCCAAGCCGUACCACCCCGAGCCUCAGCCAAAGCCUUACCACCCAAAGCCGAAGCCUUACUAUCCUAAGCCGGAACACAAGCCCGAGCCAAAGCCUCACUACUACAAACCUGAACCCAAGCCUUACCAUCCCAAGCCCAAGCCUUACUAUCCUAAGCCUGAGCCAAAGCCUCACUACUACAAGCCGGAGCCAAAGCCGUAUCAUCCUAAGCCGUACUAUCCCAAGCCGGAACACAAGCCCGAGCCAAAGCCUUACCACCCUAAGCCGUACUAUCCCAAGCCUGAGCACAAGCCAGAGCACAAGCCAGAGCACAAGCCGGAGCACAAGCCCGAGACAAAGCCUCACUAUCCUGCUCCUGAGCAUAAGCCAGAGCAUAAGCCAGAGACAAAGCCUCACUACUCUCCCCCUGAGCACAAGCCGGAGCACAAGCCGGAGCACAAGCCCGAGACAAAGCCUCAUUAUCCUGCCCCGGAGCACAAGCCCCAGUCCAAGCCCUACGAACCUCCCAAAUAG